GGCCAUCCCAUCCCAUUCUUCUUCCAACGCCCAACCACAGCAAAUAACAUAACAGAGCCCUAAGAGCGACAUGAGAGCAGACGCAGGCACCCAACCAGAACGAAGACAACCUUACGAAUUUUCUCUGUUGUAGAGAGAAAGAGGAAAGAGAGAUUCUUGCUUAAGAGGAGUAUCUGAACCUUGGUUUUGAAUGGCGAGCGGGUGGCUCAAGUCGCUGCACUGCAAAUCCAGAGCGUUCGAUGACGUUUAUCACCCCAACCCGAAAAAUCUAUUACCCAGUGCCAGUUGCAGGAAGAGUAUGCAGAGCAGCAUUAAGGACGUGAUCGAUACCACCAAGCAAAAGCCCAAGAACAAGCCGAAAUCGACACCGCCGGCCAAGAGGCAGGCCGGUUCGAAGUAUAAGGACGAGGCCAUUCAGACCCCGCCAAGCAGGUCUAGGUUGAGUGAUUCUGUUGCUGGGCAUGCCGGUGCUCCGGACCCUUACCUCCCGGCACUGAUGGAGCUCCAUGAGGGCCACCCUUCUCGUAAUGUCGUAGAGAUUAUCUUCCUCACGAGUUGGAGCCCCAAGGCCUUUACAGGUGAGAUCGAGAUGAUUUUCAAGGUCCAGAACGCGUCGAGAACCGUGGCCCGGUUCGAAGAAUACCGCGAGACGGUCAAGUCCCGGGCAGGCGCGUUCGGUCCGAAAGACGGCGCUGCUUGGGACGAGAAUGCGCGGUGCGUCGCGGACGGGAACGAAGUUAUGGGGUUCCAUUGUCUGGGCCCCACCUCGGCGAGAGGGAUGUACGACUCGCGGGGCAGGGCUUGGACGUUCCCGGGGGGGAAGGGAUCGGCGAUUUGCACGUUUUCCGAUAGCGGUGGGGCCCACGAGUGCGCCGGCGGUGGUAGAGGAAGGAGGGCCAUGCUAGUAUGCCGGGUAAUUUCGGGUCGGGUCUGUAAGAACCUCAGAGUCGGCUCAUUGCUGGAUGACCGAGUCGGAUUCGACUCGGUGAGCGGCGAGAACGGGGAGCUGCUAGUGUUGGAUUCUCGUGCGGUGUUGCCUUGCUUUCUUAUCAUCUAUAAAUUGUAAAAAUACCAUUAGACUUUUCAUCUAAAAUCUUCUACUCAUGUUUUCUUUUUCAUUUUUUGUUUUUUUGGUCUUUUAAAUUUCUUGGUGGGGUUUGAUGAAUUUUCUUCUUUACAUUAAUCAACAAAAUUUUUCAUUUUCUU